ACCAUGGAGACCAUGCACAGAUCUGGUACCACUGGACCUGCUGCAUAGUGUCCUACCUGUGGUAGACAGUCACCAGACUCAGGUCAGGAUGGUUCAGUCUCAGGGUUCAAGAGGACUGAAGCUCUCUGGGCCUCCAAAGGCUCUGAGUUUUCCAUCCUCACAAAUCUUCACCAACUGCAACUUCUUCCCUGCUGAGUUCUCCAUUGUAGUCACACUGAAGAUCCCUAAACUAACCCCUAAUAAGGAUGAGUACAUAUUCACUCUUUUGGAUGGAGAUUCAGAUGAGCUGCUUGUUGGUCUUCGUCUUGCUCAUGAUAAAGUGCACUUCCUGCGGCAGAUAGAUGGCAUGACAGAGCGUGUGACCUUCAGGCAGGUGGACAUUGCAGAUGGGCGCUGGCACACAAUGGUGCUUGCGCUAAGUGGCCACUAUGCCAUUCUUACUCUGGACUGUGGCGUCCCAGUUGAGCUGCAGCUGGAGAAGCCAUUUCCAGAGCAGAUGGAUGCAGGUGGCUCCACAUUCUUCAUUGGCAGCAGGAAGAGAUGGAGUGGCCUAUUCUCUGGUUUGCUUAGACAGCUGGUCCUCAUGCCUGGAUCCGAUGCGUCCUCUCGUCUGUGUCCCUCGUCUGAUCCCACACUGUCUGUACUGUCAGUUCCUCAGAUUCUCCUACAUCUGCCAAGCAAACCUUCAACCAAUCAGCCCCCACUUUAUCCAUAUGAGGCAGAGCUGCGUGUUACUCAGCGUGUUCCUCCUGUGUGUGUCAGUGCUGUGGUGGGCCAGUUGUGGUUCAGCAUCGAGAAGAGAUCCUUGUUCCUGUGUAAUGGUACUUCAUGGAUCACCAUGCUGCAUGAGAAAGAGAAAUUGGAUUAUGUUGAACAUCAUCAGGAUCUCUUCACACAUUCAGAGACGUUUGAUAUUGAGGUUUUCCAUCUUCCAUCUCUGGGUUUGUUCAUCGCUACGGCGAAUCGUGACUCCAGCUACGGCUCAGCCAUUUACAGAUGGACUAAUGGCAGAUUCGAGCGAUUUCAGAACAUCAACACCUAUGAUGCUCAAUCAUGGAAAUUCUUUACUGUGGGAAAAAAGAGGUUCUUGGUUGUGGCAAACUCCAGAGGAAAUGAUGGUCAGAAGUUUGAGUACUCAGUGAUUUAUAAAUGGAGAAAUAAGAAGCAGCGCUUCGUUGAGUAUCAGAAGAUUCAAACACACAGCGCUCGUGACUGGGAAGCUUUUCGUAUCCAUGACGACCACUUCCUCGCUGUGGCGAAUCACAGACAAGGUGAAAUGAACCACAACAUCGACAGUGUGAUCUACAGGUGGAACCAACACACCAGGAAGUUUGAGGUGAAUCAGACUAUCUCAACUUCUGGAGCUUAUGACUGGGAGUUCUUUACCAUUGGGCCGUACCACUUUCUGGUGGUAGCCAAUACCUUUGAUGGCAAAUCCACCGACAUCACCUCCACCAUCUAUAUCUGGAUUGGAGGAACGUUCCAGCCGUUCCAGUAUAUCCAGACAUUUGGAGCAAUCGACUGGGAGAUGUUUCAGAUCGAUAACAGGUUCUUCCUGGCUGUAGCGAACUCCCAGAAACUCAGUGACCCUGGAGUGGUUCUCUACAACAUCAACUCCACCAUCUAUGAACUUAACACCACCUCACAGAGCUUUGUGAAGUUUCAGGAUAUAGCAACAAGCAGUGCUUUAGACUGGGAGUUUUUCACUGUGGGUGAUGAUAAGUUCUUGGUGGUGGCAAACUCUUAUGAUGGAGCUUCAUACUCCUUAAACAGUGUUAUAUACAGGUGGCAGGGUUAUGAAGGAUUCGUGCCUGUGCACAGACUGAACACACACGGAUGCAGGGACUGGGAAUUCUUCACUUCCUCCGACGGAUCUUACCUCAUUUCUUCCAGCGCCAGGGCAGUGUACUCCAAAGUGCUGAAGCUGAAAACCUACUUCCAGCGUUGAGUCCAAACAUCCACAUCAGGACCAGCAUCUUAUUUAUAGAACAGCGUAUUUAUAUACAGAUUUAUAUCAGGAUAUGCAUCACAUGUUUUUAAGUA